AUGAUUGGCAGUGUUGUUGCUGGUGCGUACACGCCGCCGCAAGCAGAUACACGCCGCCGCAGGCAGAUACACGCCGCCGCAGGCAGAUACACGCCGCCGCAGGCAGAUACACGCCGCCGCAGGCAGAUACACGCCGCCGCAGUCAGAUACACGCCGCCGCAGGCAGAUACACGCCGCCGCAGUCAGAUACACGCCGCCGCAGUCAGAUACACGCCGCCGCAGGCAGAUACACGCCGCCGCAGUCAGAUACACGCCGCCGCAGGCAGAUACACGCCGCCGCAGUCAGAUACACGCCGCCGCAGGCAGAUACACGCUGCCGAGGUUUAUUAA